UGGACUCCGCUGCAAAGUUUUCGCGGGUGCAUUUUGUUUUGAAGACUGUUAUCAGUGCGUUGAGAUUGGAAAUUCGCCUACCGGUGUUGUUUUAGUUUGAUCGCUCCAUCAAGUGUUUUACCUCAUUUUCUUAAUGUGAUAAUGAUACACACGGAAAUGUAUUUUGAGGGGGUGGAAAUUUUUGAUUUGGAUGUUGAAGCUGAUCAGAUUCUAACAGGGCAAGUGAUAGGAGAAGAACCAGUGAGUUCGACUUCAUCAACACCACCGCCAACAUCAACGACGACAUCCGACGUGCCUUUGAGCCCCUUCUGCGCCGUCUGUGGCGACAAAUCGACCGGUAAACAUUAUGGCGCCCCGUGUUGCGACGGCUGCAAAGGCUUCUUCCGCCGGUCUAUAAGGAAAAACUACAACUACGCCUGCAGAUUUGAUCGCAACUGCGUUGUGGACGUUGAAAGUAGAAACCGGUGCAGAUUUUGUCGGCUGAAGAAGUGCCUAGAAAUUGGGAUGAAUAAAGAUGCGGUUCAAAAUGAGAGGGACCGAAUCACCAGAAGAAAACCACGAUCGGAAGAGCAAGGGAUCAAGGGGAUCUCAACAACAGCCCUUUUAACUUCGGAGAACCUUGUGCAAAUGAACUCUCUGUCAGUGGAGAACAAUGAAGUGGGCCCGAGCUUCAAACGAGUCGCAAACGUCGCAGAUAUCGUUCAAUCAAUGUCGCAACAGUUGACACACUUAGUGGAGUGGGCAAAAAGCAUAGAAGUUUUCAGCAAUCUCGAUUUUGACGAUCAGGUGGCACUCUUAAGAGCUUUCGCAAGUAAACAUUUGCUCCUAACCGUGGCUAGGAGGUCACAAGAUCUGAACGACUGCUUGAUCCUCGGAAACGAUUGUGUCAUUACAAGAAAUGUUUCAGAUAUGACGGAAAGUGAGCUGGAUAUCAGUAACGUAGGAGCCGCCGUCAUGGACAAAAUCAUAAAGGGCCUGAGGAAACUAAAAAUUGACGAGACUGAGUUCGUUUGCUUAAAGGCGAUCCUUUUUUUCAACCCAGAUGCCGAUGGUCUUAAUGAUGAGGAAACAGUGCAUGAGCUCCGAACUGAGGUGGAGGUGAAUCUGCAACGCUACAUCUCCGAACGCUCCGACUCUGCUGGAAGAGCCAUGAACAUUUUGCUAACCAUCAUUCCGUGUCUUCAGUCCAUCGCUGACCAGCUCGUCGUUCAAAUUCAAGUUGCCGAUCUCUGUAAUUUGGCCAACAUUGAUAGCCUCAUUCGGGAUUUACUACUUGGAGGCUGUCGAACAGAAAAGGUGGAACUCUCAAGUUCACUCCCUUCUUAAAUCAUAAACACCCAGUUGUUUUCCUUUAAAACUGUAUUUGUAUCCUAUGUUCAAUGAUCUACGAAAUUUCACUUCCAAAAAUGUUCGCAGCCGAAUUCUGCAUGUGCACCAGUGAUGAAUUGAAGGUUUAUUUGAUUUGAUUGAGGCGUUGAGUGCAGAAAGAGCAUUUAUUGGUUGCGUUGUUUCAUAAUCUUCACUGCUAAUUUAUAGUUUAGAGAGGAAAUGAUAGGGUGAAGUUACGGAAAUUUGUCGUUUUUAGCAUCCUAAGAUUAUAAAGAAAAUUCAGUAAAAGUUUAAAAAAAUUCCAUAAAUUUACUUUUAUCAUAAGGGAUAUUGCGUUAGCAGAGAUUCUGCGAUAACGCGAUCGAAACAUGCCCUUUCUGCACCCAGCGCCUCAAUUACGAGCGUUAUACGCGCAUGCACUGUAUAUCUGUCAUUUAUAUCAGGAUCAUGCUCUCUCCUUUUUCCGAAAAUUGAAUGAUUCUGGCUACCCGGUAAAAUUGUAUUAAUAAUCACACAUUUACUCAAAUAACUCAUGUUAAGUUUGUUUGCAAAGUUGUAGAGUUUUGCCAUAUGAAUUAAUCAAGUCUUAAAAAUCAAUACAAUUGUCAGAAAAUCCGCAGGAGCGGUCUCUUAAGUUACUCAGCUGCACUGUCAUUUCCUCCACAAUUUUUAUCUUUAGGAAAGCAUUUAUUUGUACAUAUUUUGGCAAUAAAUUGUAUUCUUAAA